CCAUCCCCCUUAUUCACAUCCUUUUUUUCCAUCCGCCAUCCUACGUCUACGUACCAGAAUUUCCAUCUUUUUCCUCACAAAAAAGCGCACUCUCUUGUUUUGCUCGAUAGAAUAUCAUGACACACACUACCGAUACCAGUCCUGCCCCUCAGGAGGAAACACCUGUUGAAACCCCCGCGGCCGCCACCGAGCCUACAACAACCGAGGAAAAGAAAGUUGAAGGCGAGAAGGAAGGCGACAAGCAACUUAUUUUCGGCUCUGAUGUUUAUACCUCUGCCAAUGUUUUUUCUAUGUUCGGCGGAGGAUCUAAGCCAAAGAGAGAGGAGAAGGACGAUGAAGAAGAUGAGCCUAAGGAAAAAAAGGAUGGCGAUGAGGAAGCACCUGAGUCCCCCGACGUCCACUUCGAACCUGUUGUUUCUCUUGAAAAAGUGGAAGUUAAAAGCAACGAGGAGUCUGAGGAGGAAGUCUUCAAGAUGCGUGCUAAACUCUUCAAGUUUGAUAAAGAUUCCCGCGAGUGGAAAGAGCGUGGAACUGGUGAUGUCAAACUUCUUAAGCACCGGGAAAAUGGCAAGACUAGGCUUGUUAUGCGAAGAGACAAGACUCACAAAGUCUGCGCCAACCACUACAUUGUCCCUGAUAUGAAGCUCUCCCCCAAUGUCGGAAGUGAUAGAAGUUGGGUAUGGAACACAUCUGCCGAUGUUAGUGAGGGCGAACCUGAGGCCCAAACUCUUGCCAUUCGCUUUGCCAAUCCCGAGAAUGCCAAUCUGUUUAAGAAGGCCUUUAUGACUGCCCAACAGGAGAACGAGGCUCUCAUUGGUAAGGAAUAAAGGGGCCGCGCUUAAUGAAAUAUGAUUACUUUCUGCGGUGUUCUGGGGAGGGGAUGGAAUCCAUCAAUGUUUCAUGUGUUGUACCUAAGCUCUAAACUCCCGUCUUUUUAUUUCUCGGAACGAAGCUUAAAUGUUGCAUUUUCCUUGCUUCUUUUUUCUCCAUAAGCUUGACCUGUUUCUGGUCAUAUCUUUAGUUACACCCUGUUCCCUAAUCCUUUCGGGAGGGUGGGUUUUCUUCUCAUGACGUGGGGAGUUGGGGGUGAGCUCACGUUUGUGGGUAGAGGCAAGCUUUGCCUUGUUUUUGUAGCGACUCUUGAAUGCCUUAUGAUAAAGUGAGCACGCGGGUAAUUGGAAAUGGUUUCUCAUUCGACCCAUAUUUGAUUCUAGGCA